UUGUACAUUCUUGCUCGGCGUUUGCCAUGGUCGGCUACCAAGGCGAAUCUGUUUUGACAGGAGAUGUUAUGCAAGCCAGGCUGGUCCAGUUGCCGGCAAUGUCUUUAGUUCAGCAGUGUGAGAAAACCAAGUGUAUUUCGUAGUGUAUUUCAAGCUGGCGUGCCCCUUACUCAUUGUCUCUUUUACUUGGAUCAAAUCAAAUAAUUUCAGUAAAGCAGAUGUUGAAAAGAGGCGAAGGCAAGUUGUAAGAGAAUGUCGUUCUUUCAAGACGUCGCGGUAGCACCCCCAGACGCGGUGUUUCACGUUACAACAGCCUACAAUAACGAUACAUCUCCCGAAAAAUGCAAUCUUGGAGUUGGUGCAUAUCGCACGGAUGAGGGAAACCCUUGGGUUCUUCCAGUGGUGCGUAGCGUGGAGACGGCCCUGGCUGCUGACGAAACACUGAACCAUGAGUACCUGUCCAUAGAUGGCUUGAAGUCCUACUCUGAUGCAGCGUCCCGGCUGCUGCUGGGAUCGGGCAGUAAAGCAGUGCUGGAGUCUCGCGUCUGUGGUGUUCAAUCGCUUUCCGGAACGGGUGCACUGAGGUUGGCAGCGGAGUUCUUACGUCGCUUCUAUCCACAAGGCAAAACUGUGUAUAUCUCCGCGCCAACAUGGUCCAAUCACCAGACUAUCUUCAAGCAUGCUGGCUACACAGAUGUCAAAACCUAUCCUUACUUCCAUCCGGGCACCAAAGGUCUGGACUUCAAGGGAAUGGCCGAUGCACUCAGGAAUGCAGAUGAUGGGUCAAUCGUAGUGCUUCACAUGUGUGCGCACAAUCCCACUGGUGUCGACCCUAGUCCGGAGCAGUGGCAGGAGAUCUGCGCGAUAGUCAAGGCCAAGAAUCACUUCACAAUCUUCGACUGUGCGUAUCAAGGGUUCGUGACUGGCGAUCCCGACGUGGAUGCCCGGGCUGUGCACAUCUUUGUUGAGAACGAUGUGGAGUUCAUGGCAGCUCAGUCGUUCUCGAAGAACUUUGGCCUUUACAAUGAGCGCGCUGGUAAUAUCACCGUUGUGACUCGGUCACCCGAUCAGGCCAUCGCCGUGCGUAGCCAGCUGAAGAUCAUUGUUCGUGGCAUGUACUCAAAUCCACCCAACCACGGUGCUCGCAUUGUUGCUUCCGUGCUCAACAACAAGGCGUACGAGGCGGAAUGGCGAGCAAAUCUAAAGACUAUGACAGAUCGCAUUAUUUUGAUGCGCGAGCAGCUGUAUUCCAAGCUGCAACAAUUGAAAACACCCGGUGCCUGGAAUCAUAUUGUCGACCAGAAAGGGAUGUUUACGUUUACUGGCCUAUCUCCUCAACAGUGUGACUACAUGCAAGAAACGUAUCAUAUUUACAUGCUGCGCUCGGGCCGUAUCAACAUGUGCGGCCUGACGCAGCGGAAUCUCGAUCACGUUGCCAAGGCGAUUGAUGAUGCUGUGCGGAGGUUCUCCUCGCCGACCAUCAACGGUCGUUUGUAAGCUGUGUUUUUUUUGUGUGACCGCUGUGUUUAUUCUCCCUCACUCCCCAAACUUGUUCCAUGACUCCGCUCUCCUUGCCCUUCCCGUCUAGUCUAGCAAUGCUGUGCAUUAUUUUUUAGUCCUGCGGCUCACCGAUGGGUCCGUUUCCUUUUUCUUCUUUUCUUUUUUAACUAUCUUGAUCUAUCUUCUGUUUUACUGUGACAGCUCUCCACCCCGCGCGUGUUUGUGCGAAUGCGUGUGUGUGUGUGUGUGCGUGCGUGCGUGGAGUUAGCUUUAGUUGAAGUAUAUUUGCGUUCUCCCCCUGCAUAGUGUCCUUGUUCCCGGAACUUGGCACUGGUUUGUGUCUCAGUUGCCUGUUCCCUCCUUUUAGUCAAUGUGCUCUCUCACACAUGUAAUAGGUCUUAGACGGUCCACAGAUGUUUAGUCGUUUCUCGGGUUUUUAUAAGUGCUUUUUUAUGGAUAUUUUUUCUUUUUUUCUAUUUAUGGCAAUAUUUUAUAUAAUUCAACCUGAUUUUGGGUCGGAUGUUUCCAAUGCCCUCUAUGUAGUUGAUGUCCAUUUCCUUUCAUGUCCUUCUUACCGGGUCGAUGAUGCUGGUGUCCUGCCCAAGUCCGCCACGCUUGUGGUAGUCAUUAAUUACAGUUUGCCGUUUUGGCAUUCUGGCCUUUUCCGCUCCGGUGUUUCAUAAUUUUCUCAUGCUGUUACGCGUGGCCAUUCUGGUAGCCCGCUGUAUGGGUUUUAUUUUACAGCUCUUGAUUUCAGUUCGGGCUCCUUCUGUUGCUGGUCGGGCAUGUCCAUGCAGCUUCAGUUUCGCCACCAUUGCGUGGCAGCUAUUCUCAGCUUCAUUUACUUGCGAGGUGCGGACCAGGGAUGUGUUCCUGGUGCAAUGCUACACGGAUAAGAAUAUAAUUGCACUCCACAAAAUGCUCUUGUGUUUAUUAUUAUUAUUAUUAUUAUCUGAGGGAUUCCCCAAAGGCGGAAUCCUAAAUCAAGGGGGUCUCCGAGAAUAUAUAUCGGUGUGAUAUA